AUGGCGGCCCUGCUACUGAGAGGAGGCCUGAGCAGAGGCCCUGUACUUCGAGGAGACUGUGCCAGGGGCCUCUUUGCUGAACGUGUGUGUCUUGGUUGCACUUCUCUACGGUUGGUGAAUCACAGGAGUUCUAAUGUUCGAAAUUGCACUGCUGCCCACCCUGUUUACAUUUCAUUAAGAGACAGUAGUAAUGCCUGUUCGUGGACUAAUAGACCUGAAAGAACAUACUACAAAGUCCACAGUCCUUCGCCUGCAUGGAGUAGCUUGGCCAGAAGUGGCUCUUUGGCCCCCCAGUAUCUGUCCAUCAGAAGUCUUCACUCUUCAAGACCACUUUUUGAUGACUCUGUGGUUGAGAAAUCCUUGAAAUCUUUGAAGGACAAAAAUAAAAAGCUGGAAGAAGGUGGCCCAGUCUAUAGUCCAGCCACAGAAGUGGAGACUGUAAAGAAGUCUUUGGGACAGAGGGUCAUUGAUGAGUUAAAGCACUACUAUCAUGGCUUCCGCCUUCUGUGGAUCGACACCACAAUUGCUGCAAGAAUGAUGUGGGAAAUUCUCAAUGGAGCUAUUCUGUCUCGAAGGGAAAGGAGACAGUUCCUAAGGAUAUGUGCUGACCUCUUCCGACUGGUCCCCUUCCUUGUCUUCAUCAUUGUCCCCUUCAUGGAGUUUCUUCUGCCAGUUGCACUGAAGCUGUUUCCAAAUAUGCUGCCUUCCACAUUUGAGACCACUUCUAAGAAGGAUGACAGAUUGAAGAAAGAGCUGAGAGUGAAGCUGGAAGUGGCUAAGUUCUUGCAGGAUACCAUUGAGGAGAUGGCACUCAGGAACAAAGCUGCCAAAGGAGAUGUGGCCAUUGAGUUCUCCUCUUUUUUCCAAAAGAUCCGUAGCACUGGAGAAAGGCCAAGCAAUGAAGAGAUUUUGCGGUUCUCCAAGCUGUUUGAGGAUGAACUGACUCUUGAUAACCUGACUAGGCCACAGCUUGUAGCUCUGUGUAAACUUUUAGAACUUCAGUCUAUUGGGACAAACAACUUCCUGCGGUUUCAGCUCACCAUGAAGCUGAGAUCCAUUAAAGCCGAUGACAAGCUUAUUGCAGAGGAAGGUGUGGAUACGCUGAAUGUAAAAGAGCUACAAGCGGCAUGUCGUGCCAGGGGAAUGAGAGCACUCGGAGUCACAGAAGAACGGUUACGAGACCAGCUGAAGCAGUGGUUGGAACUACAUUUGAAUCAGGAAAUCCCCACAUCAUUACUGCUAUUGUCCAGAGCUUUGUAUCUCCCUGAAACUCUCUCCCCAGCUGAUCAGCUCAAAACAACACUGCAGACUUUACCGGAAAGCAUGGCUAAAGAGGCCCAGGUGAAGGUGGCAGCAGUAGAGGGUGAAAAGGUGGAUAACAAGACGAAGCUGGAAGCCACUUUACAGGAGGAGGAAGCGAUUAGGAAGGAGAAGGAGAUGGACAGGUUGGCUGAGGUCGCAAAGGAAAGCUUACAGACCGCAGCCAAGGUAAAAGAGGCACAGGCAGCUUCCGAACUGGAGCCUGCAAUGGCUUCAGCACCCGCACCAGAAGUGGAACCAAGCGCAGCUGAUCGAGAUGAAGUGUUAAGGGACACAGCUCCUGUGUUGGAGGGCAUUAAGGGGGAAGAGUUAACAAAAGAGGAAAUUGACAUUCUGAGUGAUGCUUGCACUAAGCUGAUGGAUCAGAAGAAUUUACUAACAAAGGAGAAGGAAGAGCUCCUGGAGCUGAAGGAUGAUGUUCAGGAAUACAGUGAGGAUUUAGAAGAAAUGAAGAAGGAACUUUCAAAGACUGGGCAAGACCAGGUGGUUGAAGAAUCGAAGGCCAGUAAGAGAUUAACCAAGAGGGUUAAUCGUAUGAUUAAUCAGAUCGAUAAGAUCAUCACUGAACUGGCAAAUGAAGACAAAGUACUGGAGGAGCAUGCAGCAAGUGGUGUUGCCCCACCUGUUGGGGAAAAUCUAGUCAGCAUUACCGAACUUGUCAACAUCAUGAGGCACAUUCAAAACAUCCCUGAGCAGAAGCUGCUGAGGAUUGCCGCAGCCCUGGAUGAGAACAAGGAUGGAAAGAUCGACCUGGAUGAUGUGGCAAAGGUUGUGGAACUAAUAAAUAAGGAAGAUAUCGACAUUUCCACGAAACAGGUAGCGGAAAUCAUGGAGCUCCUACAAAAGGAGGAGAAGCUGACCGAGAAGGAAAAAGCCAAAGAAAAGGCAGAGAAGGAACAGAUGGCCGAAGUACAGAAUUAA